AUGCUCACUACGUUUGCGGCUCUGCUGUUGCUCGUCAGUGCUGCGAUUGCAGCCCUAGAUGUGAAAGCCUGUUGGAGAAACAGUACAUGUGAUGGUCUGUCAAAGCCAUCUUUUCCAGGACCCUGGGAUGCGUACAACUUUGCCCCUAGCUCCCGCUUUGUAGCGCCUCAGACCCUCUUGUCGCUACCCAACGGAGCCCAAAUUGGGAAGUACAAUGAGAACGCAACCACCAUUCAAGCAACCAGCGAAGGGUACGUCUUCGACUUCGGACUUGAGGUUGGCGGCAUCCUCUCGUUCGACUACUCGCUGAGCGGCAAUGUCACCAACGCCACAAUCGGGCUCGCAUUCACGGAAGCUAAGGACUACAUCGGACGGAAAUCUGAUAACUCCAACGGAGGAACGGGCCAAGACAAUGCACUGCUAUGGGCUCUGAACGGCCGGCACGACGGACACUACGUCAUGCCCGAUGCCAGCUUGCGCGGCGGAUUUCGAUACCUCACCAUCUUCCUCACAACCGACCCAGGCGCUGUUGUCACCAUACGGAACGUUAACAUAGAGAUCAGUUUCCAGCCCACGUGGCCCAAUCUGCGGGCAUACCAGGGCUACUUUUACUCAAGUGAAGACCUGCUAGAUAAGAUAUGGUACAGUGGAGCGUAUACUUUGCAGACGAACUCAGUACCAGGCACCACCGGAAGAGCCAACGUUCAGACCAACCGUGUGGGAUGGGACAAUGCUGCAUACAUUGGCCCUGGCGAUACAGUCCUAUUGGAUGGUGCGAAGCGUGAUCGUUGGGUUUGGAUAGGAGACAUGGGCACUGCUGUUCCGGCCGCGUUCGUCAGCACGGGAGACAUGGAGAGCACGAGAAACGCGCUGAGGGCGAUCUUCGACAAUCAGUCCGCAGAUGGCACGUUGCCCAAAGCAGGCCCUCCUUAUCUUAGCAAAGACAGUGACACCUAUCAUCUAUGGGCUCUCAUUGGCUUCUACAACUACUAUCUGUACAUCGGAGAUGAAGCCUUCCUGCAAAGCUACUGGUCGAAAUAUGUCCUGGGCGUGAACAAAAUCCUCAGCAAGGUCAACGACAAAGGCAUUGUCAACGUCACUGGCACUGCAGAUUGGGGAAGAUGGGUAUACUCCAGCGAGCGUAGCUCCGCUAGCAUGUUACUCUACCGGGCAUUGGUGACAGCUAGCUCAAUAGCGAGCUGGUCUCCAAACCUUCCAGACGCCUCCGCGCACCGCGCCAACUGGAGCACUGCCGCAGCAAGCCUCCAAACAUCCAUUAUCACGCACCUUUGGGACGAAGCACGUGGUGCCUUCAGAGAAAGCCCCAGCGACACCUCACUCCAUCCCCAAGAUGCGAACAGCAUGGCCCUGGCCUUCGAAGUCCUCAACGCAUCCGACCAACGCGCCCAACGCGUGUCUACCUACCUGACUACGAACUGGACACCCAUCGGCGCGAUCAACCCGGAACUCAGCGCUAAUAUAUCCACCAUCUCGCCCUUCAUUUCCAGCAUCGAACUAGAAGGGCACUUUAAGAUCGGCCAUCCUGAGCGCUCGCUCGCGCUGAUCCGAAGCGCUUGGGGCUGGUACGUAAACAAUCCCAAUGGCACGCAGUCCACAGUUCCCGAGGGUUACCUCGCAGAUGGAAGCUGGGGUUACAGAGGAGACAGAGGAUACAGGAACGACCCAAGCUAUGUGAGUCACGCGCACGGAUGGAGUAGUGGGCCGACGAGCACAUUGACGGAGUAUUUGGUGGGCUUGAGAGUUACGGAGCCGCAAGGAAGGAGGUGGGAGUUGAAGCCGAGUACGUUUGAGGAGGUUGAGAGGGCUGAAGCGGGAUUCACAACGGCGCUGGGGAAGUUCUCGGCGAAGUUCUCGGGCGAAAAUGGAACUGUCAGGGUGUGGUGGGAUACACCUGUUGGCACGGAAGGGUUCGUGCAAUUUCCGGGCCAAGUGGGUAAGAUUGUGAAAGGAGGGAAGGGUUCUACAAUCAUCAGGAGUGUAUGA